AUGCUGGCCUACGAUACUCUCAUUCUCGGCUUGGGCCUCUUUGCCGGACUUGCUGGAGCUGUGGGCGAGUCAAAAGGCGGCGAACUAUACUUCAUGUACAAGGCGUACCGCAUGGACGUCGAACUAUUUGACGUUGGCGAAUGGGGAAGAUCGAAAAAUGAUGAUAAGUUCAUCUACUCAAAGCUGAACUUGGUAGAUGUCAUGGGCAAGGCCAAGCCUGCGGAGUUCUGGUACCCAGACCCCAAUAGCGAAACACCAAAGUUGAUACAAGGCGACCGAUACAGCUUCGAAAAUUCGCUGGCAUCGACAGGGUUCAUUGCUCAACACCAGAUGACCCGCCAAUCUACCAUUGCAGCGCCUUACAUCACGGAUAUGAUUGAGGGCUUGAAGUGGGCCAAUCAUGGGCGCCGCAAGGAGGAAGCUGAUCGCCACUUAAGAAUGGUUCAAGACUACAUAAAGGCAGUCAAGAAAAUCGACCCUCAAGCUAGCGACAAGUGGGUGAUAACCAAGCCAACCAAAGCGGUCAGACCGCCAGCCAAAAUCGGCAGCUGGGGGGAGCUCGAUACCAAGGAGAGCUACAAGGCAAUGAAAAUCUCGAAAGAUGGACGGGCUGCUGUUAAGGAGCUCAACAAGACCUACGUGAAGGACUACAGAAAUGAUGGUUCAGAGGAAUCUCACGCAAGGGUCAUCGCGUACACAAAGAAUGUCCGGGAUCAGCUCAUCGCAGCGACGCGGCCGCCUUGCACUGGUAGUUGCGGCAUUUGUCACCCAAGCAAUGCUCUCUAA